AUGGAAACCUGGAGCUGCAUACCCGGGAAAGAUACGGUUGAUGAUGGCGUCUAUGCGGGCAAGCUGCGCCGUAAGGGGGUAGCACGGGCUUCGCGCGAAGGCCUCAAGAUUUCGGACGCGACGGCGGCCCUGGACCUGCGCGCCCAGACGCAAGCCCAUCCGGAUUUUGUUGGCCUGGAGCAGCAGCAUCACCAUCAGCAGCAGCACCAGGUCCAAACAAGUCCGGAUCAGCACUCACAGCAGCAGCAGCAGCAUCAACAGCAACAACAUCAACAGCAGCAACACCAACAAAGGCAUUUGCUACAGCAACAUCAUCAUCACCAUCAUCUCUCGAAUCACCAUCACACUGGAGAUUCGGGGGGUGGGUUAGGCGGUGGCGGAGCUGCCGGACCAGGACCAGAAUCAAGCUGUCGCAGUGGCAGCAGCAGCAGCAGCAGCCGCCGCAGCAGCAGCAGCUGUCGAGGAAGCCAGAAGGCUGCAAGACGAAGAAGAAGAUAUCACAGAACGUGA